AUGGCAGCAGGGGUCUGUCGGGUUAGACUUUCUCUGUGCAGGGCAGCCACCUUCGCGGUCGGUCGCGUCGCCCUGCCCCUCAUGCUGCCCCUCAAUGAUCCAUCCCAGCAGAUCUCCAGGUCCGGUCUGCGACUCAAAACGGUACAAAAGGCGCCCAGGCCGUAUCAGCGCUGGGCUGUCUCACAUGUGGCCGCUGGAAGCAUCGAACGCGCCCAUCCCUCCGAUGACGCUUCAACUAGCUCCGGGUCCAUCCACUGCGUGCAGUUGGCGAUGGGGGAUCUACCGUAUUACAUAAGUGGAGGUGGUAUUUUCAGCGCAAAACGCCUUGUCAGCCUGUCCAUCCCCCCACUGCCAAUGACACUCGACGGCUUCCGCAACAAGGGAAGGUCGCCAUUCCUCAGUCCCCAUGUCCUGGAAAGCUGGCAAAAGCAAAUGGGACCCCAGUCGAGCUUCGGUCCUGAGAAAAUUACUGUUCUGUCGGCGCGCGCCAAACCCGGCCGCUAG